UAACACUUGACAAGGUGCUAUUUUCCUCCCAGCCACUAGGGGACACAGUCGUCUCGAAGUGUCGUGGUUGUUGGUUCUGGCGGCGGAGCGCUUGUGUUAGCUGAGCAUAACAUCUCGUGUUUUAUCCGACAAAGUUCCAGUCCAAUGGGGGACAGCGAUGAUGAGUUUGACAGGAGGAGACGGGACAAGUUCAGAAGAGAGCGCAGUGACAUGGAACGUUCUCGAGAGCGAGAAGAGAGGAGACGGGAUGACUGGCCCGACAGGGACUGGGAGCGCGGCAGAGAGAGGAGGCGGGACUAUGACCGUGGUCGCAGAGACAGGUUUUCGCCACCGAGACACGUCAGUCCUCAACACAAACGCAUGAGGAGAGACUGGGAUGACCACAGGGGAGAACCGUACCGCUUUGAGCGACCCUAUGGAGGAGUUGGAGUGCCAUUUCCUGGGAUGGGCCCUCAGGGGUGGCCCCCCGACCUUCCUCACCUUCACCCACAUCACGGAGGUCACUUGCUGCAGGGCAGGUUAGCAAUGGUGGAUCCUGACCUCCCACCUCCAGGACCCCCCACUAUGAGGAGCUUCAAGGACUUCCUGUUGAACAUGGAGGACACUGUGGAUGAAACCGAGGCGGUCAAGCGCUACAAUCAGUAUAAAGUGGACUUCCGACGCCAGCAGCUGCAAGACUUCUUCAUCCAGCACAAAAACCAAGAGUGGUUCCGAUCCAAAUAUCACCCUGAUGACAUCAGAACCAGUAAGGCUGAGUCUUUGGCUGCGCUGAAACUGCGUCUGGGCGUGUUCCUCUUUCUGUCGGACAGCAAGUGGCUGGACAGCGUGUCACUGGACAUGGAGCACACAUCUGCCAUCAUCAAAUUGCUGGAUGCAGCUGUCAUCAAGAUGGAGGGAGGCACAGACUUGGACCUGAAGGUGCUGGAUCUGCCUGUAGCGGUUAGCGGCGAGUCGUCCCAGAAGCCGGCCAGUGACGAGGUGGACGGGGCUCAAAGCCAAAAGAACAAUGAAGAGGACACCAAACAGAAUGGUGAGAAGGAGCCGAGCAAAGAUGACGGGGAGGAGGAGGGGGAAGAGGAGGAAGAGGGGGAAGAGGUGGAAGAAGACGAUGAGGAGGAAAAAGAAGAGAAAGAGGAUAAAAAGCCCAAAAAAGGUAGGAAGAGGAAGCGGAGCAUGUCAGCUGACAGUGGCGAAGGAUCUGCCUCUGACUCCUCCCACUCUGACGGAGAAAAGGAGGACGAUGAAGAGCAAGAGUCGCCGGCAAGGCCGAGGUCUCUCCACCUCACCAACUCACUUUUCAUCAGGAGCAUCCCACCAGAUGUCUCCAAGGAGGAGAUCACCGCCUUGUGUCUCAGGUACCCGGGAUUCCUGCGUGUGGCGCUUUCGGACCCUCAGCCAGAGAGGAGGUUCUUCCGUCGAUGCUGGGUAACAUUUGACCGUGGUGUAAACAUCAAGGAGACCUGUUGGAAUCUGCAGAACAUCCGACUCCGAGACUGCGAGCUGUCUCCUGUGGUCAACAGAGAUUUGUGUCGCCGUGUUCGCAGUGUCAAUGGACUGACGCACCACAAACCUGUAGUGAGGAACGACAUUCGUCUGGCAGCCAGGCUCGUGCACGCAUUGGACCAGCGGGGCGAUCUCUGGCAAGGACAGCAGAUGGAGACCAACCCCGUCCUCAACAACAUUACCGACUACCUCAUUGAGGAGGUCAGCGCCGAGGAGGAGGAACUAACGGGCUGCGACAGUGGCGAAGCGGUUGACGCAAAAGACUCCACGUCUUCAGAAGUGGCCUUGGAAACGGAUGAAAAGUUGCUUAAGGUCCUGGACAGACUCCUGGUCUACUUGCGUCUGGUACACUCGGUCGACUACUACAACUUCUGUGAGUACCCCGCUGAGGACGAGAUGCCUCAUCGUUGUGGACUUUUCCAUGUGCGAGGACCACUACCUGUGGGCAAGAUCACUGCAGCCGAGGUGAGUGAACAUCAGAAGAUGUGUGAGGAGCGUCUGGCUUCUCUACUGAGCCCGUCUGAAGUUUUGAAUGCAGACGAGGCCACACGCCUUGGCAAGAAAGACCUGGAUCAGGAAGUGGAGAAAUUCCUGUCCACCAACACUCAGGAGCUUAGUAAAGAUAAGUGGCUCUGUCCUCUGAGUGGGAAGAAGUUUAAGGCGCCAGAGUUUGUGCGUAAACACAUCUUAAACAAACACGGUGAGAAAGUGGCCGCUGUGAGACAAGAAGUGGAGUUCUUUAACAAUUAUCUGAUGGAUGCCAAGAGACCCGCCUUACCUGAGAAUAAGCCCCUCCCACCCCCGACGCAAGUUCCUUCCUCUGGCUUCCCUGGUCAGUUGCCACAACAACAAAGCCUUCUGGGAUAUCCACCUGGCAUUAGGCCUCCUGUGCCCACCUUCCCUGGUGGUCCUCAUUUCCCCUCCAACCAGUUUGGAGCUGGCCGAGGUGCCUAUGAUAACUUCAGGGGUCAGUUAGGAGGCAGCUUUCACAACAAACAACGUAACAGGGGCAUGCGAGGAGACCCACGCUCAAUCAUCGAGUACAGAGACCUGGAUGCUCCGGAGGACCUCGACUUCUUUUAAAUAGACUUUUUUUGUAUGAAUUCUCGUUGCUUUGUGUGUUUGGCAGCAGGACCAAGAUUACUUUUUUAAAGUGAUGUCAUUUGUUCUGAUUCACAAUAAAGCUCAGUACUAGACAAUA